AUGCCCGGAAAAUCAAGCGACUGGGACAACGCCGACUUCCUUUUGGAUCUCGUGGUCGGUCUCUACACUGGUGCCCAGACCAACAAGGGCUUGACUCCUGCUAUCAAGGACUCGAUCGAGGAGUACCUCAAGUCUCGCGGAUACUCGACUUCCUUUGAUGCUGUGCGGUAG